UAGCAAUCAAACUGUUAUUUUGAUUCCCGAGUGGCCUAAAUAUUUCAAAGGCGGUGAGCACUGGAAUGAUAUCUUUAUUCCGUUGAGUACUUCAUGUGAUUACAAAGAUUUACGAAAAUAUGUGCGAAAAGUUCAAAGAAGACCCAAUACUGUCACCGAUAGAAAACUGAUGAAUCAAUUGCCAAAACAAUUUGGUAGAGAUUUGAUGUCUCUGGUGGACAGUCCUAACUCGUGGUUUCACUCGCAGUUCACGGGAUAUAUAAUGAGACCCCAACCAAGACUACAGAGAUUUCUCAAUGAUUUUAAGAAACAAAUUAAUUACAGACACCCUAUUGUAGGCAUUCAUGUGCGACGGACUGAUAAACUCAGCUAUCAUGAGGCCCUGUAUUAUCCUAUUUCUGAUUAUAUGGUUUCAGUCAAAGACUAUUUCCAUAAACUAGAGCUCACACGACAAGUGUCUCAGAGAUUGGUUUAUGUGGCCUCCGAUGACCCGUCAGUUUUGCCUCAAUUGGUAAAAGAGUAUCCAAACUAUGAAUUUAUAGGAAGCACUUCCAUCUCAAAGAUAGCAUUCAGUCAAACCACGAGAUAUUCAAAUGAAUCCCUUUGGGGAGUACUCGCGGAUAUAUUCCUGUUAUCGGAAACCGAUUAUAUUGUUUGCACCUUCAGUUCAACCAUAUGCCGACUUUCCUAUGAAUUAAUGCGAUACAAGCAAUUGGACGCCUCAUUGCAAUACCGAUCCCUAGACGUGCCCUUUCAUUAUCACCACUCAUUGACUCCCAUCCGGACUGCUGUUUACAACCAUCGGUCAAAAUCUGAAGAUCAAUGGGAUCUAAAAAUCGGUGAUCACUUACACGAGAGAAUCAGUGGAACUCAUACUGAAUGGUUUAAACAGUCAGUGAAUGGCAGGGGUUGGGACUCCUAUUUCUAUGCCUCNUCAGUGGAACUCAUACUGAAUGGUUUAAACAGUCAGUGA